GGGAAUUACACCAAUGUUACUAACCGGUGUGACGUAGGGUUCCUGUGACGCGCAGAAAUUUUAAACUAUCGUCCUUCUCAGUGAUGGCGGCUUCGUUUCGUUCUCUCCCUGCAAGCUGUAAUAACAAAUGGUACUACACACGACAACAGAUCGACAACAGCCCAUCUCGGCGAGCUGGACUUGAUCCCGACAAGGAGCUGUCCUACAGACAACAGGCGGCGAACCUGCUGCAGGACAUGGGACAGCGGCUCAACGUGUCUCAACUUACAAUAAACACAGCCAUCGUGUACAUGCAUCGAUUCUACAUGGUCCAGUCGUUCACCAGAUUUCACAGAAAUGUCAUUUCUCCUGCCGCACUUUUCCUCGCUGCAAAAGUCGAGGAGCAGCCCCGAAAGCUGGAACAUGUUAUCAAGGUGGCCCAUGCAUGCCUCAAUCCUCAGGAUCCUUCACCAGAUGUACGCAGUGAUGCCUACCUGCAACAAGCCCAAGACCUGGUCAUUCUUGAGAGCAUAAUACUACAGACCUUGGCUUUUGAAAUCACCAUUGACCAUCCUCAUACUCAUGUUGUCAAGUGCACUCAGCUUGUCAGAGUUGUUCCAGCGAGUAAGGAUCUGGCUCAAACAUCAUACUUUAUGGCAACUAACAGUCUGCACUUGACCACGUUCUGCCUGCAGUACAGUCCGCCGGUUGUGGCCUGUGUGUGCAUCCACCUUGCCUGCAAAUGGUCCAACUGGGAGAUCCCUGUGUCUACUGACGGCAAACACUGGUGGGAGUACGUUGAUCCCACAGUUACCCUCGAGCUGCUGGAUGAGCUCACACACGAGUUCCUGCAGAUUCUGGAGAAAACACCCAGUCGGUUGAAACGGAUUCGCAACUGGAAGGCUGGAGGUCAGACACCAAAAGCCAAGCCAAAGGUUCAGGAGGACGGAGACCAGAGGGACGCCAUGAUGAGCAUGAUCUCUAUGGCCUCAUCAGAGAGCACUGUGGCAGGCUUGAUGAGCCUCUCGGCUCCACCUUCCGCCUCCUCUUCCUCAUCCAUCGGUGACAAGGACGGGGGUGAACCUGGCAGUGCUCCGACUUGGAGUGGAAAAGGUCAGACUGGUUGUGAGCUGCAGCCCAACAACGAGGUUCACGCUCCAGCCAAGGUGUCGCUGAGUGAGUACCGGGCCAAGAACGCAGAUGUCCUGGCUGCCCAGAAGAGGAAGCUGGAGAACAUGGAGGCCAGCGUAAAGAGGGACUAUGCCAAUGCUGCCCAGGCUCUCAUUGGUCAGCAGCAGAGGAAGGAGAAGCCGCAGCAUCACCAGCAGUCCAGCUCGUCCUCGUCUGACAUGUCCAAUCCGUCGCCCAUUAUUUUGAAAAUCCCCCUGGAGAAGGAGAGGCACGAGAGGACCUCUCUCAAAAUGCGCUUGCCUCUUGCUGGGGGGGGAGGAGGCAGCGGGCACAGUGGCGGUGCCCGGGGUCAGGAGCAGGACAUCAAAGUUCGAAUACGAGUGCCUGAGAAGCAAAGAGGAAGUUCAGGAGAGGAGGGAAAGAGUAGGGACAAGCACAGAGAACGGUCUAACCACCACCAUAAUCACCACAAUCACCACCAUUCCUCUUCUACCGGUGCUUCACUCUCCUCUUCACACAAACAUUCAUCUAGUUCUAGUGGGACUGUUGGAGGCAGCAAGAAAGUCCCCAGCGACUCCUCUAGAACAAGCUCUUCAUCCUCUUCUGCGUCACGUAAGAGGACGCACUCCCAAGAUCCCACAGCAGGCACUCACCCUGUCUCUAAAGUCAGCAAGUCCUCUAGGAAUCCCUACCAGCUACCCUCCCUGUCUUCCUCCUCUGGGCAAACUCUCGGGCAUGGCUCCGACAUUCUCCCUGUCCUGGGUCUCCCCCACCACCAAGGGAGCUAUCUCCACUCCAAAGGCGACAAGACGGACACUAAUGGGCACGGUGCAGCGGGGGGAGCCCAGUCGAAUGAAUACCAGGACACGUUUGAAAUGCUGAACUCACUUCUGAGCGCACAAGGGGUCCAACCAUCCCAGCCGUCCAUGUUUAACUACAGAUCCCAAUAUGGGGAAUACCGGUACAGUGGUGGCUCCAGAGGGAACAACCCCAGGCCCCCACCCCUCCCUUCAGAACCACCUCCCCCACUGCCGCCAUUACCCAAAUAAGUUCCUGAUCAUGAGAUGUAUUAUGUACAUUUUCCUUGACAUCCAUCUUGUUACAUAAGUAUUGCAGAUUUUUAUUUUGGGUUUUAACGCACCCAACAUUUUUAAAGGUUUCAGUGUGACAGCAGUGAAAUGUACCGGUAAAAUAAAUGAGUAUUCAACUUUAUUAUUUUUACACCUUUUGGGCAAUAAUGAGUGGCUUUAAAAGCUUGCAAAAUGUGAGGAAGAAAAAACAGGAAAGUGUAGAUUUUUUUUUUUAGCUCUUAUGUUAAACUCAAAUGAAAUGUAAUAUUGGGACCUGGUAUUCUUUGCGUCACUGUUUUGGAAGAAGUCAUUGUCUUGAAAUCAUGAGGAAACUAAAAGAUUUUCAUCACACACCUGUUAGGUCUUCUUUCCGAUUGUCUUUUUAUAAUGUUUUUAUAGGAUGUUAUUUAUUGAAUGCUUUUUUUAAAAUGGCCCUCCUUUUUAUAUAUAUUUUUUUUUUCUCCUUUUUUUCCCUCUUUUUUUUCUUCUAUGUUUUCCCUCUGGUCUUUUUGGGCAGAGGGAAAUUACUUCAUCAAGACUGUAUAGGCUAGUUUGAGAGUGCAUGUCUCCAAAGCCGUCUUUUUUUUUUUUUUUUUUUUCAAACAGCCAUAACCCAACAGAAAUGUGAGAGCCCUGGUGUUUUUUUCAUUAUUUGGUAAUAAGCUUGUACAAAGACUGUAAAAUGUUUAAAACAAACAUGAAAUAUUUUUUACAUUUUGUUAUGGAAAAAUUGCAAAAAAAGAUGUAAAUUAAGAAAUCUUGUACUUUUGUUUUUAGAUUUUCUGUGUUGCAGUCAUUGUUUUAAAUGGUUGUAAAAUA